AUUUGUGUUUACUCAACUUCUUGUCCUCUGAAAGAGCAAUCGUCUGUCAUCUUUGGCGGCGCUCGUUCGGGUGUAAAAUAUUCUCUUUUUAUUCUAUAUUUGACAAUUCUCUCUCGUCAAUGUGUAUUGUGUGAAUGUGAAAAUGACAACUGGUACAUACAGGGUGAUUGAGCGUAAAUAGACCACAUAGACUUCAAAGGAAACAUAGAAAAUGAGAAAAGGCGAAUUUCAGAUCCUGGUUUUGUGUUAGCUGAUGAAAUAUAAUCUAUACAGAGAUUUUUAGUUGGUGUGCUACUUAUGUUAAAUGAGUUAUAUAAAUUUAUUAAGGAUAGAAAUGCAUUAUCUUUAUUUUUAAUGAUUAUAUUUUGUAAUAUAAAUUUAAUCAUAUAGAUGGAACAUUGGUCAUCUAUGAGCAAUAAAACAAUUUUUAGAUGUUAUAUUGAAAUGAAAUAAACUUAAAAAAUUGUAUUCUCGUAGAAUGAAAAUGGGAUCUUAUAUUUUCAUUUAUAAGUAAUUUACCAGCAGGUUGAUUAUGUAUUUUUAAAUAAUUUUUAUAUUAGUUGUAAUGAUUGUCACUAGUCUUCUUGACCUACUUUUUUGGUAUGUAGGUCGCAAUAUUCAGAAAUCAAAUAAUGUCUUGAAACCUUUAAGAAGAAGUGUAGGUUUUUUGAAGGGUUUUGCACUUGUGAUAUUUGUUUGAAAUAUUUAAUCGCAUAUAUUUGUAGAUUCUAGUCAUUGUCCAUUUUACUUAGAUAAUCCACAUCUUCCAAAUUAUAAUCCACUUAGCCCAUAAUAUUUGCUCAGUAUUUGAAAUCUUCAGAUAAGUUUAAAACUUCUCUGUUUAUUUUUAUGUUCUUUAUACUACUUUUAAGUCUCAAACUUUUCUAUUUCAAACAUGGGCUGUAUAUAAAUCACAUCUUUUUAGGUUGCAGUAACUAUUUUUAGUUAUAGAUAAGAAAAAUAUAAUUUUGUUAUAAUUAUGUUUCGGGUAUUUUAGUAUUUCUCCAUAAAUUUUUAAUAAUAUGUGCUUUUUUGUAUCCAAAUUGACAAAUUAAUUGUUGGAUCAUUCAGUAUUUGUCUCAAAGUAUUUCACAUGUCUCUCUCUAAGUCUUCAAUUAAACAUAAGGGUUCUGUAAACAGUCUGAGAGGUUAUGUUAAGACUCUUGUUUUAGAUGAUCGAUCGGCAGGAUUUCCUAAUCUAGUGGGAUUAAAAUUGUGAAUUUCAAGACUGUUGGUAUGAUUUUUGGUAUUCGUAGUUCUCUUAGUUUCAUAUUUGAUGCAAAUAUUUGAAUUAUUUUAAAAGUAUGAUAAGUUUUUUCGAGACAAAAUAUCAGUAUUAAUUGUGAAAUGCAAUGUGCUGCAAGUCUUUAUUCUGACAUUUGAACGUUUGAAAAAUUCUGAAAACGGAAAUCUGUUUCUCUUUGAGUUUUAUAAAUAAGGCAGUUAUAAUCAUUCUUUGUCGAUUUAUUUAAAUUUUGGAUUUUAUGAAGUAGUGAUCUGUGAUAAAAAGUAUAAACUUAAAAGCAGAAAUGGCAUGUCAAGUGUCACCUCGAAUGCAGACAGGUACUUCAGUCUAUAAAAAUGAUUUCAAGAAAAGAAUUACUUCAUCACCGUUACCAACAAGACCGCAAAAUAGGCUGAGGAAGAACAGACCUCAUCCUAACAAGGAUUUUCUUCUUCCAUCACAAAUUAACGAUGGUAUAGAAUUACAAAAGAGAGUUCGUCGUGCAGUUCGAGAGUAUCUGGAUGAAAUUUAUUAUCGUGAGGGCGAUUCUAAUUCAUACUCACAAGCUCCUCCUCAGUUCAUUCCUCCAAAAAAUGACGAGGACCUAAGGCCGAGAGAAAUUUUGAUGCCAAAAACGAGCAACAAAUUGUAUCGAUCAUACUCACAUUAUCAGGAUUCCUCUCCAAAUUUCCAAGUUACCGGUAAGACAACUUCUUUCGCCGCUAGAGAACGGCCAUCUACAGCUGUUGCAAUUGAAAGAUCUCCACCCGGUUAUCUACAAGCAGAAAGCAAAAGAGAUCGUUCUGUGAGAAUAAGGCAAGAGGUUGAAGACAAACAUAGAAUUCAGACGGCGAGUCCUCAACCAAAAAAGUGGCAAAGAAUAAGUUCUGCCGUUCCCACGCAGAAGAAAUCACUUUGGACAAAUCCGACUCAUACAAAGCGAGCAUUGUCUGCGCCACCUACUCAAGGAUAUUCAUAUUAUAAACAAUCUACUGGUAAUAACAAUACCAAAGCUAUGUAUAAACCAGUACAAGAUAAACUCAGUGCUUGGGCAGAAACUGCAAAUGAUUAUGAGAAACAAGUUGUGUAUAAUCUGCUCAACAAAGCUGCAAAACCGAAUGAGGGACCACCUACUACUCCACCCUCACCUCAGGAAGCUUACCAUUUACUUAUGAGAGCAAAAAGUGUUCCUGCUCAUCAACAAAUCCCUCAAGAUGAGAAAAUUGCACCAUGGUCACCAUACUUUAAUAAUUUGAGAAGACAACAAAAUAAACAAAGGAAUUUGAAUAGUGCGCCGGUCAAAAAGUUAUACGGUCUUGUUCCGAAUGCUACUCAAUAUCCUCCUCGAGACCAGAGAAUAUAUCGAUUACCUGGACAAGAUAUGAGAGUUCCUGGAAAUCCAGCAGAUGAAAAAGAAUUGAAAGAAUAUUUGAGCAAAAUAGCUAAGGUGACUCAAAAACAAUGGAGGCAACCAGAAAAGAAGUAUCUAAUAGCUCCAAUGCAUAGUUAUCCAAAUACGCAAGGAACUAAGGAUAAAGACUAUAAGUGCGAUGUCAGUUUCUUCCAGUCUGUACGAGCUCCAUUCAAAAGUCAUUUCAUUAUUCAUCCAGAUUUUACUUCAGAAAAUUUUAUUCAAAAGAAAAGAGCUGAUCAAAUGGUUUCACACAUUCGCUAUUAAAAAUUUAGAUAAUUUAGAAUAAGAGUUCAAAAAAUUGUUUCAAUUUGAAGAUUCUGAGGAGAAUACAAAUAAAAAAAUCUUACGGUAAACUUGAUUCCACUCGAAGAUAUGUUUAUGAUGUUACACUCCAUUAUUUAU